CUAUAUAAGACGUCCCAUUCCUAACCGUUUCACCGUGUCCUUACCGUGUCACAACCAGUUCAGUUAUACCCCCUGCACGACAACAUGGCCUCGAGGAUUGUUUUGGUAGCGCUUGGCGCUGUGUUCGCCUCUGUUUUGAUCUCCGUCUAUGGAACGGGUGAAAUAGAGGUGAGCAUUGGAGAUGGCAAAACAGCCACACUCGGACAUGUCGGAUGUUACAAUGACGAAGACGCCCCUAACCGCUCGCUCCGUACCCUCUACCACAACCACCGCUCAGAAAUAGUGUGGGCACUUUGGCCUAACAUGACCCACGUCAUCAGUGCAUGUGCGAGGGAGGCUUUCAAGGAAGGCUUCGCCGACAUGUUUGGUGUUCAGUUCUAUGGCGAGUGUUGGAGUGAUGUCUGGGCCGCCUCGAGAUAUAGCAUGCACGGUGCAUCAUCUCAGUGCGUUAAUGGCGUUGGAGAGAACUGGGCGAAUUUAGUAUACAGAAUUAACGGAUUUAAAGACAUAAUAUGCGAGCGCCACAAUCGUACAAUCCAGUGCCCAGCCAAUAAGACAAUUGACCUCUCGUACGCGAACUACGGUCGAACAGCCCCCGGGUCUGAAGCCUGCCCUAAUGCUUCCAUAAAAAACACGAAUUGCGUCUCCAGCUCUGCGACGAUCACUGCCGCGUGCCAAGGGCAAAACUCGUGCACACUCCAGGCCAAGAACUCGGUGUACGGGGAUCCGUGUGUCGGCACAUACAAGUACAUCGAGAUAAGAUACAAUUGUGUCUAAGGGCAGCAAGAAAUCAACUGUUUGAAAAUGGCAAUGACAAGCUCAAGUUAAAAUUGAAAUAUUAACUAUUAAUGUUAAACUAUUAUAUGGGCAUACAUGGGUCUUAUUAAUAAACAUAAUCAAUAAAAGUGUAUCAUAAACAA